UUCAGAAUAUUCUUAUAUUGGUUCAAUGGAUAAGUCAUGGAUCACAAAGCCACGAAACUCAAUAGAGUAUGAGCGAGGGGUUAGGAGGUUUAUUGAUUUUGCCUUCGAAAAUAGUUUAGCUGAAGCAACUGUAUGCCCUUGUUUGAAGUGCGGUUUUAGAAAAAAAGUGACAAAGGGUGAGAUGUACGAUCACUUGAUAUGUACCCAAUUCCCGAAAGAAUAUACACUUUGGUUUUAUCACGGAGAGACUGAGGUAGGGGAUCCCAGUAGUAACGUCUCAAAUAGUGAUGCUUCAAAUGCUUUUGAUGAUUUUAAUCAAGAUUCUAUUCAUGACAUGCUUGGAGAUGCUUUUGGAACUGAUAUGCACUGGGCAAAUGAAGUCUCAUUAGAGUCAGAUGAAGACAUUGAUGGAGUUGAAAGAGUGAUGCCAGAUGUAGCUGAUGCAUCGGAGUUUGAAGAAUUAGCAAGUCAUGCAGAACUACCUUUGUAUGAAGGGUGUACAAGAUAUUCAAGAUUGUCCUUUUUGGUGAAGAUGUAUCAUAUUAAGUGUAUAUGUGGGAUGACUGACAAGGCAAUGUCGAUGAUAUUUGAACUCUUACAUGAUGCAUUUGAACAUGCAAAGAUUCCGAGUUCAUUUUAUGAAGCAAAGAAAACUAUCUUGAAGCUUGGUAUGAAUUAUGAGAAGAUACAUGCAUGCUCGAACAAUUGCAUGCUGUAUUGGGGUGAAGACAAGGAGAAAGAAAUGUGUAAAGUUUGCAACAGGUCUAGAUGGAAACUAGAUACAAAGGGUGGUGAGAUUCAAGAAUCAAAUGAUGGGAAUAUUAGGAAGAAGGUGCCUGCUAAAGUUCUUCGUUACUUUCCAAUAAUCAAUGAAAACUAUGAGAAUGAGGAUAUGCUUGUGUAA